AUGGCAGCGCAGGCAGGACGGCAGACAGCAGAAGACGUUGCACAGCUCGCACAUGUCUGUCGCCUCCUCGGGGUUCUUCUUGCACAGCUGGCAGCAGAGAGCGGCCGCCCUGCUCUGCUGGUAGCACUCGAUGACGCCCUCCAGCACCCGCUGCCCGGUCUCCUACAAGUUCAGUUCCAAGCUCCAGAACCAACAACAAGACCUCCUUCUGAAGAUGUUCGGAACGCCAUAGAGAAGAUGAAAAUAGGGAGCGGAAGACCACUGCGCCAGGGUGAUAUUAAAACUAAGGAAGGACGCAGCGCUAUGGGAUGUCCCAAUGGGAACUGUUUUUGGCCUAAAUCUGCCGACGGCCUUGUUAACAUUCCAUACACAUUGGAUUCUCAGUUCUCCACGGGAGAAACAGCUAUCAUAGCGAGAGCCAUGUUGGAGUUCGCUACGCUGACCUGCAUUCGUUUUGUCCCACGCACCUCCGAAACAGAUUUCCUGAACAUCAUCAGCGAUUUUGGCUGCUGGUCAUUUAUGGGACGUUCCGGAGGUGGUCAGGAGGUAUCUCUGGAUAGAGGCGGUUGUGUUUUACACGGGGUCGUCCAACAUGAGCUAAACCAUGCCGUGGGCUUCGAGCAUGAGCACAGCCGAAGUGACCGCGACUCAUACAUCAAGGUCCUUUGGGAGAACGUUAUUCCCAUGUACAACUCAAGUUUAGCUAAAAGCAACACCAACAACCUAAACAUGGAAUACGAUUACACCUCCGUAAUGCAUUACGGGAAAUUUGCAUUCACCAAUUACUACGUCAAACAGUCCAUUCAGCCCAUCCCUAACAACAACAUCAACAUUGGACAGAGAAUAGGAUUGAGCAACCUGGAUGUCGCCAAGAUCAACAGACUCUACAGCUGCAACGUCUGCUCCUCUGUAUUGUCCACUGACACAGGUGUCUUCUUCUCUGCUUCCAACCCUUCAAAUUACCCAAACAACUACAACUGCACCUGGCUCAUCCGCCUGCCAAACAGCCAGGCACUCUUGCAAUUUAAAGCAUUUGAUGUGCAGAGCUCUACUGGGUGCACAGCGGAUUAUAUCAGGGUGUUUGAUGGUCCCAGCAGAACAUCUCCAUUGCUGCUGGACAAGUCCUGCGGCUCUGGACAAAUGCCCUCCCUGGUGUCUUCUGGUUCCGUGAUGCUGGUGGAAUUUGUCACCGAUGGGUCAACUACGGCCACUGGAUUCAAAGCCUCAUACAGCACAGUAAAUUGCGGUGGGACUUUUGUUGCCAGCACUGGGUCCGUAUUUAGCCCUGGAAAUGAUAAGCAGCAAAAUUACCCUCCUUAUAGUGACUGCACUUGGACAAUCAUCGCACCGUUGGGAUACAAAGUCCAGCUGGUCUUCACUAGUUUCAGCCUAGAGCCCAGUAAGCCAUGUUCUUAUGACUGGCUGGAGAUCAGAGAUGGGAUUUUGUCCACUUCCCCCAUCAUUGGAUCAACACAUUGCGGCAUAGAAAGCAUCCAGCCAAUCACUUCCACCAAAAACGGCCUUCUCCUGCAUUUCGUGAGUGACUAUUCUCACGAGAGUUCUGGAUUCAUGGCAAAGUACUCCUUCGGGAGAGUUGAUGUCAUUUCCUGCACCAUAGACAAAACAGGAAGUAAGGAAAUAUUUUCAAAGUGA